AGUUCUCUAGGUCAUGUCCGUGCGUUUACACGUCUUCCACCCAAUCGACGCCCUCCAAUACAAUAACAAACCUUUCAUUUUUUCAGUCAACUUUUCUUACCAGCCGGUUCUGUGAGUAAGUUUUAAAAGUAAAAAGAAAAGUCGAUUCCGAAAAUUUGAAUUCCGAAUUCGCGCGCCCGUCGCAUCGUCGUAUCAUCGAGGAUCGGGACGUGAUAGUGUUUUGUUUUGGCUGUAAAUUAAAAAGUGAGCAAGUGAAAAUACGAUGUGAACAUGAAGUAAUUAUACAGUGAUUGUGCUCUAGAUGGCCAGUGAUCACGACACUUGUGGAAUGCAUUGGGCGACAGUGUGAGUCGAAUCCACCCCGUUCGACAUUCGAAAUGCCGCGACAAUAGUUCCAAUUUCAAAAACCGGAAGCAGCAUGGGCAGCGGGCUCAGUAGCGCCGCCAGCCGGAAGUGGUCGACCGGAAAGCGAAAGAAAGAGCGGGAAACGCCCAAUCAUGCGGAGUCUUCGCGGGUGCUGUUUCUGCUAUACCUGAUCCAUAGGACGUGGAAUGUCGUACUUGAGCAUGUAGAUACGAAGAGUGGGAGAUGGCGCGGGUCACGCACGGUGCCGACGAGCGCGGGCGGCAAGGACUCCGUGAGCCUGGUGUCGGACGGCUCCGAGGGCUCCAGCUACAGCCAGUGCAGCUGCAGCUACUGCCGCCUGCGACAGUGCGCCGAUCAUUGUGUCAGUGAACUGACGCUCGGCGACGGCAUGGCGAGCUGCGGCGGCUGGAGCGAGGAGCCCGUGCCCAAAGACAAGCAGCGCCCUCCAAUCUACAACCCGGAGGACUACGCGACGUCUCUCCGCAAGUGGGGCAAGAAGUCGGGCGCGGCCGGCCUGUACGAUGCGGAGCCGCAGGACAAGGCAAGGACCCUGCCCACUCCCGGGAGCAAGGACUACAGGAACCCGUGCCUGGAGAUGGGCGAGGAGAUGAGCCUGCGGCAGUUCGGCUCCCCCAGCGAGCUGCUCACCAAGCUGCGGGCUGACCUGCGCCUCUCCUUCCCCAGUUUCAUCCAAGAGUUCGCGGGCGAGCCGCUAGAUGGCGUGACGCUGCUGCUGGAACUCCUGCGCAACGUGCAGCUCAGCCAAUCAGGGGACGGCGCGAAGGGGCCGCCGCUCGUGCGCAGGAGACCCUUGCUGGAUGAGCUGGCUUGUCUGCAAUGCCUCUGGAGCUGCUGCAGCCGCUACCCGGAGUGCGUGCGGCGCGUGGCGGCGGGCCCGCACGGCGCCUACACGCUCACCGUCACCAUCAUGUCCUCCGUCAACAAGUGCCGCGUGCUGGGGCUGCAGCUGCUGACAAAGGCGUGCUACCCGCCAGCCAACGGGCACGCCGCGGUGUCGGAGGCGCUGUCCACGCUGCGGCUGAGAUACGGCGAGCCUGUCAGAUUCAGGUUCCUGGUAGGCAUGCUGCAGAGCGCGGGCGGGUCCGGGGAGCUGCAGGCGGCGGGGCUGGCCUUCAUCAACGCGCUGCUGGUGAGCGCGCCGUCGCCGCAGCGCCGCCUCUACAUCCAGGCCGAGCUGGAGCAGGCUGGGAUAGAUAUUGUCACGCUGAAGAAGAUGGUCUCCAAACUGCCAAACACGACGAGCCAGGUGAUGAAAGAGAUAGAGAACUAUGAGAAGCAGCUGAUCGACAUCGACACGCUGAGCGAGAAGGCAAACGAAGCCGUGAAAGAGAAGGACGAUCUGAGAAACAAACUGGAACUACUUGAGAAGAGAGUUAAGAUACUCCAAGAAGAAAAGGGCAUCCUGCUAUCCUUGGAGAAAUGUCUCAAAGAGAAAUGCUGUGAGCUCCAGGAAGAGGUGUCCACGUUGAGGUCCGAACAUGGAAACUCCAACCGCAAGAAGUCAUUCUGUGUCAAGAAGAAAAACUCAGUGCGGUUAAAUAGAGAUGAGUCAUCUCCCCCAGAGGAUGAAGGAAUAAGCUCCUCAGAAAGAUCGCUGAGUCCAGAAGGUGACAUGCAAAGAGAGUCCAUGGUAUACGAAGUCUUCAACGUCAAAAACGAAACAUACGAUUUAAUGCGAAACAAGAGAACUCUACACAAGAAACUUGACAGAAACAAUGACUACAAGAAAUCAUCUGACGAAGAAGAAGAAACCACUAUCGAUGACGUCAUACAAGAAUUACGAAACAUCGUCAACGAUGCGGAGUCUGAACAUUACGACAAAGAAAAGAAUGGCUUUCACGAUGAUAAAUCAUCCAGGUGCAAUCAAACGUCAGAAACUAACGUUUCUGUUAAUGUUAUGGAAUGCAAGAAGCAUAGAAACCUCGAAAAAGAAGACUCGAUAACAAGCACUCGUCAUAGCAUUCACAUUGCUGAUAGCACGGAGUAUCUGAACGAAGUAAGAGAUGAGGAUGAUGACGAAACAGAGAUUGUUCCGAGCAAGAUUCUUCCUCAUCCACCGAGAAAGUCCAAGAGCCUGAUUCAUUUAUUCCCACCGGUAGACCAGGGGUUGGUAUACAACAAGCCUCCUGAUAUAUACGAUGAAAACUUUUACUCCAGUGAUGAGGGCUCCGAUUCCCUGCUGAGUUCAUCCAGAUGUCGUAAUGAGGUGACCAAAAAACCUUCAGUGUCCAGUUUUGAUUUUCAGGAAUGUCGCGCCAUUUUCAACUCUUUGGCUGAAGGCACUAAAAGAGAAGAUAACGAACUGAGACAAUCGAGAACGCGCUCGAGGGAAGAGUGUCGGAGGAACUCAAUCAAACGAAGCGAGUCAUUCCAGGCUUCGGAAAAGGGUUCAAGGCAACGCGAAUAUAUCGACAGCUUGUUCUACAACGAUAGUCACAACUCGAUGAUCGAAGCCUCCAAAAGCCCAUUACAAAGAUCUGGAUCCAAAAACAGUCGCGUAGACGAAAUCGUUAGUCUGAUUGAGUCAAAAAAACUUACAAAAAGCUUGGAUCGUAUCGAUGAAGGUCUGAAUUCCAUGGUCGACAUUGUGAUGAUGGCCGAGCCCAAGAAAUCCGGUUGGCCCUACAGAUCCUCGUCCAGGACUAACAGCGACAAUGGGAAAGAGACGCCAUUAAUUGCUAUCACCAAGUCAACGAGCAGACAAAACAAUUACCAUCACAUGAGGUACGACUCCAGGUCCAGCAAGGACCGUGGCUCGCCGAACAAGGCCGAGUCUCCCCAAAAGUUCUACUUGCCGAACUCGAAGCGUAGCUCCGGAUCAUUCGAGAAUCAAACUGGAUCUUCGUACAAUAACACUUCGUUUCUGGUGAAGAGGGGGCACACCAACGCUGGGUUCUACUCGGGUACUCCGAUCAUGCGGGACGCGCCUGCCAGUAUGACCAGCCUCGUGAUGAACGGCACCCACAGCCACGGGGACCUCAAGAGGACCCUCUCACCCAUCGGAGGACAAAAGAACAACUUCAUGGGCAUCCCGAAAGUAACUGAUAUGCCGUCAGGGUUAUACUGAUCAUUCUUCAAGUAAUAGUUAAUUUAAAACCAACGACUAAUUUAAGAAUUUGUACCUUAAAAUAAUAACUAUGACUAGUGCAAUAUUCUGAUAAGAUAACGAGUUAGAUGGUUGUUUGUUAGUGUUAUUUCUGUGUAUAUUCCACUAAUGUUAAGAGGUUUCAACUGUCUAUAUAAUAUACCAAUUAGUAGUUUUUGAGAUCAUAUUAAGUAUAUCUUAGUAAUUUUGUAAUCAGGCAAAAUUUGCUUAAGAUGACCAUAAUUUUUGGUAUAAAUCUUUUAAGCGAUUUAUAUAAUAUUUGUAUCUAACAUCUAAGCGUAUUGAAAUACAUGUGAGGUU